AUGCAGCAUUCAUCUUUGCCACUUUUCUCUCUCUCCAUUUCUCAUGCCAACCACCCUUUCAGCAUUCAUCUUUCCCUUUCUCUCAUCUCCAUUUUCUCUCCACUCAUCCAUUCAUUUCCCUUUCAUCCCAUUUCUCAUGUAAUCUUCUCUAUUUUUCUCUCUCCAUUUCUCAUGCAAAACACCCUAAUUCCUGCCUAUUCCUUUUCUUUCCAUUUCUCUCAUCUCCAUUUCCACUUUGUAUCUCCCAACCUAAUGGUGCUACCUUCAACAUUCUCUCUUUCCAUUUUUUCUCUCAUCUCCAUUUCUCAAACCACCCUUAUUCAUUGCUUUUUCUCAUCCCAUUCAUCUUUCCAGCAUUCAUCUUUUUUCUCUCAUCUCCAUUCUCAUCAUUCAUCUUUCCACUUUUCUCUCAUCUCCAUUUUCUCAUGUAACCCCCCUAAUUGCACAGCAUUCCCUUUUUCAUCUCCAUUUCUCCUUUUCUCUCAUCUCCAUUUCUCAUCAUUCAUCUUUCCACUUUUUCUCUCAUCUCCAUUUCUCAACCACCCUAAUUGGGCAUUCAUUCCUUUUUCUCCCAUUCAUUUUCACUUUUCUCUCAUCUCCACUUUUUUUUUUCAUUCUCAUCAUUCAUCUUCCACUUUUUCUCUCAUCUCAUUUCUCUCUUCUCCCUUUUUCUCAUGUAACCACCUAAUUGCUCUCAUUCAUUCCACUUUUCUCUCAUCUCCAUUUCUCAUCAUUCAUCUUUCCACUUUUUCUCUCUUCAUUUCUCCAUGUAACCACCUAAUUUGCUGUCACUUUUCUCUCAUUCUCUUUUUCUCUCAUCUCCAUUUCUCAUGUAACCACCUAAUUUGCACUGCUACCUUCAUCAGCUUUUCUCUCAUCUCCAUUUUCUCAUGUAACCACCUUUCAGCAUUGUUCCCUUUUCUCUCUUUCCAUUUAAACCACCUAAUUGCCUUUUCUCUCAGCAUUCAUCUUUCACUUUUCUCUCAUCUCCAUUUCUCAUGUAACCACCUAAUUGUCAGGGCAGCAUUCAUCUUUCCCUUUUCUCUCUCAUCUCCAUUUCUCUGCAGGGCUAACCCCCUUUCUCAUCACUGCAGCAUUCAUCUUUCACUGCAGCAUUACCUCUCAUCUCCAUUUCUCAUCAUUCAUUCCACUUUUUCUCUUCUCCAUUUCUCAUUUCAACCAAUAAUUGCUUGCACAUUCAUCUUUCCACUUUUCUCAUCUCCAUUUUCUCAUAUAACCACCCUAUUCUUUCAGCAUUCAUUUCUUUUCUCUCAUAACCACCUAAUUGCACUGCAGCAUUCAUUCACUUUUCUCUCAUCUCCAUUUCUCUUUUCUCUGCAGCAUUCAUCCACUUUUUCUCAUCUCCAUUUCUGUGCCAACCACCUAAUUGCUCUGCAGCAUUCAUUCCACUUUUUCUCUCAUCUCCAUUUCUCAUGUAACCACCUAAUUGCACUGCAGCAUUCAUCUUUCCACUUUUCUCUCAUCUCCAUUUCUCAUCAUUCAUCUUUUCCACUUUUCUCUCAUCUCCAUUUCUCAUGUAACCACCUAAUUUACUGCACUGCAUCUUUCCAUCUCAUUCCAUUUCUCACUUUCAGCAUUCAUUCAUUUUCUCAUUUCUCAUGUAACCACCUAAUUGCACUGCAGCAUUCAUUUCCACUUUUUCUCUGUCUCCAUUUCUCAUGUAACCACCUAAUUUCUGCACAUUCAUCUUUCCACUUUUUCUCUCAUCUCCAUUUCUCAUUAACCACCCUAAUUGCACUGCAGCAUUCAUCUUUUCUCUCUCCAUUUUCUUUAACCACCUCUCAUCUCUCUUUUCUCUCUCCAUUUCUCAUCCUUAACCACCUAAUUGCUCUGCAGCAUUCAUUUCCACUUUUUCUCUCAUCUCCAUUUUCUCAUACCAACCACCUAAUUGCACUGCAGCAUUCAUUCACUUUUCUCUCAUCUCCAUUUCUCAUCAUUCAUUUCCACUUUUCUCUCAUCUUUCCACCUUUUGCAGCAUUCAUCUCACUUUUCUCUCUCCAUUUCUCAUGUAACCACCUAAUUGCACUGCAGCAUUCAUCUUUCACUUUUUCUCUCUCUCCAUUUCUCAUCUCUCCAUUUCUCCAUUUCUCAUAUAACCACCCUAAUUGCACUGCAGCAUUCAUCUUUCCUUUUUCUCUCAUCUCCAUUUCUCAUCAUUCAUUCCCUUUUGCAGCAUUCAUUUCUCAUUCCACCUUUUCUCUCAUCUCCACUUUUUCUCAUCUCCAACCACCACCUAAUUGCACUGCAGCAUUCAUUCUUUCCACUUUUUCUCUCUCCAUUUCUCAUAACCACCUAAUUGCACCACAGCAUUCAUCUUUCCACUUUUCUCUCAUCUCCAUUUCUCAUCAUUCAUCUUUCCUUUUUCUCUCAUCUCAUUUCUCAUGCUUAACCACCCUAAUUUAUCUACAGCAUUCAUCUUUCACUUUUCUCUCAUCUCCAUUUCUCAUCAUUCAUCUUUCCUUUUUCUCUCAUCUCCAUUUCUCAUCUAACCACCUAAUUGCUAAUUGCUCUGCAGCAUUCAUCUUUCCCUUUUUCUCUCAUCUCUCCAUUUCUCAUACUUUUCUCAACCACCUAAUUGCACUGCAGCAUUCAUCUUUCCACUUUUUCUCUCAUCUCCAUUUCUCAUGUAACCACCUAAUUGCACUGCAGCAUUCAUCUUUCCACUUUUUCUCUCUCAUCUCCAUUUCUCAUUGCACUGCAGCAUUCAUUCUAAUUUUCUCUCAUCUCCAUUUCUCAUGUAACCACCUUUUCUCUCAUCUCACUUUUUCUCUCAUCUCCAUUUCUAACCACCCUAAUUGCACUGCAGCAUUCAUCUUUCCACUUUUCUCUCAUCUCCAUUUCUCCCUUAACCACCUAAUUGCACUGCAGCAUUCAUUCCCUUUUCUCUCAUCUCCAUUUCUCAUCAUUCAUCUUUCCCUUUUCUCUCUCAUCAGCAUUUCUUUCCUUAACCACCUCCAUUUCUCUGCAGCAUUCAUCUUCCCCUUUUUCUCUCAUCUCCAUUUCUCAUGUAACCACCUAAUUGCUCUGCAGCAUUCAUCUUUCCACUUUUUCUCUCAUCUCCAUUUCUCAUGUAACCACCUAAUUGCACUGCAGCAUUCAUCUUUCCACUUUUUCUCUCAUCUCCAUUUCUCAUGUAACCACCUAAUUGCUCUGCAGCAUUCAUCUUUCCACUUUUCUCUCAUCUCCAUUUUCUCAUGUAACCACACCUAA